UUCGUGUUGCACUACGGAAGUAUUAUCGAUGCGCACGUCUGCAGCGCUUGAAUCUAAACUGCGCGCUUUCCGACUUACCUUUAUGCUUAUUUAAAUUCAUUAUUUGGUUUUAAUUGUGUGCAAUGGAAAGCGACAUACUUGAUGCACUUGAUCAAGUCGGGUACAAUGUUUCCCUGGAUGAAAAGGCGCUUUCAGUGGCAUGUGAGCAAGGGUUUAACUCUCAGGAGUUUACAAGUGUGUGUACAUGGUUAUCAGCAAAACUGCACCAGCACUGCGAUGCCAAGGAUGCGAAAUCAGAAAUACCAGAAGAUCCUGAAAAGGCAAAACUUGAAAUAAGCAAGCUGUUGAAAGAGCUGUCCUGUCCAUACAAGGAGCUUGACGGUGAACUGAAAACCAAAAAGGAGCAUCUGAAAAUGCUUUUGUUUUUGGUAUCAGAACUUCAGGCUGCACAGAUUAUAACAAGCAAAGUGGUUAAAGACACAAAAGUUGAGAAAAAGCUCUCGCCUCUUCAAGACCUCCAAGCAGUUUGUAAAGUACUGAAACUCCCAGAGCCAGACCAACAGCAAACAAGAGACUUCUUUUCAUCUGUAGAAAAUGAGGUAAAGAUUUUGCUGAAGAAAGUUCCAGAUAAGCACAUUGGAAAACCAGUGUUGAAGGAGCCCCUUAACAGUGAGCAGUGGAGACAGCUGGAGAAGAUAAAUGACGCUCUUUUGGCUGAUUACGAGUGUCGUCGGCGCAUGCUGAUCAAACGGUUGGAUGUUACUGUGCAGUCUUUCAGCUGGUCAGACAGAGCCAAGACAAAAACUGACACGAUGGCCAGGGCCUAUCAGCCAAAGAGACACUCGCUGACAUUAAAGUCAUCAGUAAGCCUUGCUCACCUCCUGGCAGCACGAGAAGAUAUCUGCAACCUGGUGAAAACCAGCAGUGAGUCCUGCAGGGAGAGGACUGCCUGCGCUGUGAAUAAGGUGCUGAUGGGAAGGGUUCCUGAUCGAGGUGGAAGACCCUCAGAGAUUGAAGCUCCUCCCCCUGAGAUGCCACCCUGGCAGAAGCGACAGGACGGAGGAGGAAGAGGAGGAGGUGGAUACAGAGGCGGUGGAUAUGGAGGAGGCGGUGGACGAGGAGGUGGAGGUGGUGGAUAUGGAGGAGGUGGUGGCUACAGAGGAGAUGGCUACGGAGGAGGCGGACAUGGGGGUGGGUACGGAGGAGGCGGAUAUGGGGGUGGGUACGGAGGAGGCGGACACGGAAGCGGUGGAUGGGGCGGAGGUGGAGGACGAAACCAGGGGGGAAGGGGCGGUAAGGGAGGUUAUUAUCAGCGCUAACGGUACUUCCUUUGUAUUAGAAGCUAAGCACAGUACUGAAAUGAAAAUGCAUAUGAUUUGAAAUGUGUUAAGUUGCUUUUGUGUGUCCAUCACAGGUUUUCCGUUGCUUUUAUAAUUAUCCUGAAAUUGUACUCAGAAACUGAAAUAGGAAUCAGAAACGUAUUUAAAUCACCUCAGAUGUGACGCAUUGACUUGGAUGAAGGGGCGAGUGGAUGAUAGAGGAAAGAUCAUGAUUUGCCAUGUGCAUUUCAUUUUACAUGGUUAUGAAAAUAGGAAGAAUGAGAGACAUGUCUGUAGUACUAUAGUGUUAGUUUUCAGGUGCACAUUCACCUUUUUAAAUCACCUUUUGUAUUAUUUGUGUGCACUUUUUAUUUCGUGUAAUAACCAGAUUUGUGUGAUGGAUCCUAGGGAUUAGCAUUCCUUUAUACUGUAUUAGAUUAGAGUAAUCAAGACAUGACAGCAGUAACAGUGCAACACUUCUUCAAAAUAAAGCUGCUAGAAUCUAGCAUCUCUGCCUGUGACGAUUUUUUUUUUUUUAAAGUACAGAAUGGUGACUGUGGGUGGUAAAAGAGAGCAACUGGACUUGCUUGAAGAUUCUUGAAGACGUUUCACCUCUCAUCCGAAAGGCUUCUUCAGUUCUGUCUGACUAGUAGGGAGUAUCAGGUAUUUAUCCUGUCAUGGAGGAAAAGCAAUCCUAAGGGCCUCUGCAUGCUCUUGCGACAAGGCUUUCGCAGAUAGCUUUUCGCAGACAGUUGUAAUUUAUCGUUGAGCGGGGAAUAAUAGGCGUGCGCGAUGUUAUUCACCGCCACAACACAAGGGGGCGCGAAGUCGCGAAAUCGCUAGGAGUAGUUGGUGGGUGUGGUUAGUGGAGUGUUUAUCCUCCGGUUACUUAUAAUGACUAGAACUGGAGUCGUAUAGAUGUCCGUACUCCCUCACUUCCUCGAUCAACUGCUCUUCGUGCUGCUCCAUCUUCGCUCGUGUUUUUAAAAAUGGCGGUUGUGAAAACAAACCAAACCGGGAAAGUAGGGAAGCGGAAGUGCGUGUACAGCGGAUGUAGAGUGGACCAAUCAGAGCCCUCUUGUCUGCGACGCUGUCUGCGGUGGUCACAAUUUUUGGGAGGUGCGCGCAGAGCGUCUGCAAAGGGGGGGGGCUUCGCAGACGCCAUCUGCGAGGACUGGGUUGUCAGCAUAAAUUGGCCUUUAGAGGCUGUCCACACGGCAACGGAUUCAGGUGAAUCUGAUAAAAUUGUUUAUCGUUUCGGCCUGGCGUCCACACGGCACCGGCGUUUUGGGUGCCCCAAAACGAGAACGGGUUCCAGAGUGGAAAAAUCUGGCAACGGCGCCGUUGCAAAGUCGUCUGGAUGAGUAGAACGGAUUUGUUUACGAUGACGUCACAACCACAUGACUAGAACAAGCAGCACUCUCGCUGUUUUGUAUGAACCACUGCAUUGCAUUCACUUUUGUAUACAGCUUUUCUUUUAAAUAAACAAGUAACUGAACCAUUUCUUGAAUUUCUUUUUUUUAUUGGAUAAGACUGUUUUUCAAAAUGUUCACACACAAUAUAAAAAGUUAUAUAAAUUAUAUAAAAAUGCUUUUCAAAAUGUUCACACAAUAAGAAAAUUAAGUUAUAUAAAACUAUGCACGCUAAUAAAACUAAUUUGUACACACAGAAGGCACGAUUUCCUUGCGUAGUCGCAGCCAUCUUCUUCUUGCUGUUGUGUGCUUGUUCCUGUGAGUGCUUCACGCCGGGUAGAAGAAGGGGUUCAUGCGCAUGCGUCCUACUUCUUCUAUUGUUCUGGUGUCUCCGAUGGGACCGUCUUACAGCGCAUGUAGAGGUGUGACAUGUGUAUUGCAUCGUUUUCAGCAAGCGUUGCGUUGCCAUAUGUACCUGAUAUUUUACUGAUCCGUUGCCCAUGUGGACGCGAUAUAUAUAUAUUUUUUUAAUAAAAUCUCGUUGCCAUUGUCGUGUGGAUGUAGCCUUAGACCACCACCUCUGUUCAGUGAUGGCCGUUCCAGGUUGACAAAAAUGGCUUCUUUAACUCCUCACUCAUACCAACGAUCCUCUCUGGCUAAAAUGCGUACGUUGCAAUCCUGAAAUGAGUGUCCUUUGUUGUUAAGAUGAAGGUAGACAGCAGAGUCCUGGCCUGAGGAACUGGCUCUCCUGUGUUGAGUCAUACGCCUGUGAAGCGGUUGUUUGGUUUCCCCAAUAUACGAGUCUGUGCAUUCCUCACUGCACUGAAUUGCAUACACUAUGUCAAGAAUCUUCAAGCAAGUCCAGUUGCUCUCUUUUACCACCCACAGUUACUAUGACCUGGAUGACUGAGAAUCUUCACAUACAGAAUGGUGCUGAUGCUUUUUUUUUUUUUGCAUUUAAGUUUAUUCAGUGGUAUGAGUUAUUUCUGAUGUAUCCUAAAUACACUACUAGCAAAGGAAAAUGUAAUAGUGAUUAAAAAUGAGGAUACGAACCCCUACAUAUCUGAUACUGUGCUGACAAGUAACAAUUUUGGCAGUAGAUCAAAUGAAUAAACUUUUUUGGUGUUUCCAUUA